AUGGCCAACGCAUCCCAUGUCGAGCUCUACCAAAGCCUCAGCGCUUUAUGGAGCUUCCCCGAUGAUAAUCACAAGUUAUGGUGGCAUAGCACCGCUCCUAUGUUCGCUCAUAUGCUGCAAUCCGCAAACUACGACUUAGACAGCCAGCGCCAUCACCUGGAAAUUUACAAGCAAGCCAUCAUCCCCAUGCUGGGCGCUUAUCCUAUCAACAACCAUCCCCGCUGGAUGAGUAUUCUCACAAGAUAUGGAAACCCAUUUGAGUUAUGUCUCAAUUGCUCCAGUAAUGCCGUCAGCUACACAUACGAGCCGAUCUCCUCAAUGACAGGAACCGCCGAUGAUCCAUACAACACGCAUGCUAUCUGGGACGCGCUACAUCGCUUGCAAGAAUUCCAACCAGAUAUAAACCUUGAGUGGUUCACUCAUUUCAAGAAGGCUCUCACACUCUCCUCUGAGGAAUCAGUCUCCCUUCUGGAAACCAAUAUUGUCGGCGACCAAAUCAAGACCCAGAAUAAGCUUGCUAUGGAGCUCAGGGACAACUAUUUUGUAGUCAAGACAUUCAUGUACCCUGCCUUGAAAUCUCUUGUUACGAACAAGUCGAUUCAUGACUUGAUCUUCGAUGCUGCACAUGACUUGUCACUCUCUUAUCCCAGCUUUGCAAUGCCGUUGAAAGUUCUCGAUGAAUACCUCAAGUCUCGUGCUCCCAAUAGUACAGUCAUGCCUCGCCUUUUAUCUUGUGAUCUGGUAGAUCCAUCUGAGUCUCGCAUCAAAAUCUAUCUCAUGGAGCAGAUGGUUACAUUGACAACAUUGGAGGACCUAUGGACCUUGGGAGGUCGGCGGAACGAUUCAUCGACGCUGGAAGGUCUUGAUGCACUACGAAAGCUCUGGAGCCUUAUCAACCUUCCGUCGAAAUUUUGCUCAUACCCAGCUGGAUAUUUGUCCCGUGAUGAUCCGGUGAAUGAGCAGCUACCCCUGAUGGCUGAUUUUACGCUUCAUCCGAAUGAUCCCAUUCCCGAGCCUCAGGUUUACUUUCAAACUUUUGGAAGGCGAGAUGCGAAGCUAACCAAAGGAUUGACCACUUUCUUUGAGCGACAAGGAUGGUCAAAGAUUGCACAGUCUUAUGAAAAUGACCUACGAUCAUGGUAG